CCACUUAGGAUGCUUCCUGUUACCGACUUCCAAUUCGCCGUUUGUGGGUUUGCCACAUUUGCCGCUACUGUCGGCUUUGCUUGCACAAGACGACUCGCAAGACCAACCACUACCCAGCCCGACGUAGAAGCGGGCAGCUUGGCAUGUACAGAAAUGUCAGGAGAAACACUGGCGAUGGAGAAGCCGCUCGAUGAGAAGGCUUCUGCAGCCUCUUUAAAGCGAAAGUUGACCGAGGAUACAGACGAGCCUGCAGAAUGUGAGCGUCCUCAGAAACGCAGCAAAACUCCGCCAGUCGAAGAAGAAAACCAGGCCAUCCCACCUGUUGUUCCCCAGCCAAACCUCUGCGGCGCUGAUCCAGCAAACUCAGAAGACAUAGAAUCUUAUUCUCAGCAGAUAACUGCCCACUCGACGCACGUCGAAUUGAAAGAUGAGGUCGCAACCUCGAAAUAUGAGCCCAUCAACGAACCCAUCAACGAACCCAUCAACGAACCCACCAAUGAUU